GCAAAAAUGGAAGAGUCGAAACAAAUUAUAGCAUUUGAGGAAAAAUGAAAGAGGCGAAAACGAUCUCCUGCCGGGGCUGAGAGGCAAAAGAAGAGGAAGAAGAAGACGGAUGGGGAUUAAAGUUGAUUAGAAGUGAUAGCGAUGAUGGAGAUGGAAGGGAGGCGGGUGAGAAGGUUUGGGAGGGGACGCACUCGAUCUCAGGCUCGCUCUCCCCUGCCCCUACGCAUUACCACCACCAACCUCUCCAAUACCAUUUCCUGUUGGUUCUGCGACUACAAAAUAUCUGCUCUGAAUGAACCUCUUUUCCGUUUUGGACGAAGGCAUGCCAGAAGUUUGAGAGUAUGGUUUUCCAUUGGAACUGGUUUUAGCCUAACCGCGCUGCUUGCCGUUACUCUGAUUCUCCUUUGGGAAUUAGGCAAAGCCCUGCAUCUUUUCCGCCAAAAAACAGAGCUGGAAAAUCUAUCUACAGCCUUACUGUUUGGGUUUUCCCCCUCCUCGGUCUCUGGUUUGAGCAUCUCACUUGCCGAUGCUGGGUAUUUACUUAUUUCUACCUUGAUUUCCGUAUCCGUGCAUGAACUCGGGCAUGCUCUUGCUGCUGCUAGUGAAGGCAUACAGAUGGAGUACAUUGCCAUUUUUAUUGCAGUUCUAUUUCCUGGUGCUCUGGUGGCUUUCAACUACGAGUUGCUACAAGCAUUUUCACAAUUUACUAUGCUCCGUGUAUACUGUGCUGGUAUUUGGCACAAUGCAGUGUGUUGUGCAGGUUGUGGAUUGGUUCUAUUCCUCCUGCCUCUGAUCCUGUUUCCCUUCUACAUGCAUAGUGAAAGCCCCAUGGUUUUGGAUGUAUCUUCUACAUCGCCUUUGUUCAAAUAUUUGUCUCCUGGGGAUCUAAUUAUGUCACUGGAUGGUGUUCACAUCCAUAAUGCAGAAGAGUGGAUGGAAAUGACAGUUCUGAUAGAUAAUGUGACACGUCAAAUUACAGAUCAUACCGAAUAUGUUGAAGGCUUUGGGGCGGUCAAUGGCAGAAAGGGGUAUUGUGUCCCCAAUUUUAUGAUAGAAGAUGGCCAGAAGAUUCAGUCAGUAGACAACCAAUCUGCUUGUCCUAAUGAUCUUACUGCAUUUGUAACCAUUCCCUGUCUUGAUACGAGAAUGUCAGAUAGUGGUAACAGCAAAAAUGGUCAUCCAAAGAGAAGACAGAGUACACACUGCAUGAAUGCUCAGGACAUUGUUAAGCUUUAUAAAUGUGGUGAUGGAUGGACAACAAUAACUAAUGGAAGCAGCUGCACAUGUUCACUGGAUGAGUCUUGCUUAAGUCCACUUCAGAUGCCAGGUUUGAGCUGGGUGGAGAUCUCAUACUUAGGAUCUUUUACUCCAGAGUGCUUGCAACUUGGAAGAAAUUCAUUUUCAGUAUCCAAGACUUCUGACCUUAUAAACUCCAAGUGUGUUGGGACUUUUGUUUUUGUCGGUGAUGUGAUGUCCAUGGCACAUUCGGUUCGUUUAACUGCUUAUCAACCUCGUUGGGCAUUUCAUUUUGGUGCAUAUCUUCCAAAUGUGCUGGAAAGGAUUCUGACAUACACAUUCCACGUCUCUCUAACACUAGCUCUUCUCAAUAGCUUGCCAGAUUUGGUUUUGCUUUCACUGACUGGGUUGGACAGAAUUUUGGAUUUGGAUGUGGCAUUGUGGAAAAAUUGGUGUGCCUUUCAGAGCUUCAAAGAUAUGUUCUUUUUGGAUGACUAGUAAGCCUUACCGUUAGAGGGAAUUUGUUUGUGGCUUUUUCAUUUGGUGAUGGGAGGACUAGAGAUGAUGGAGGUCGGUGGAGGUAGGUAGUCAUGGCGGGUGUGGGAUUUGGUCAAUCAUAGGCUUGGAGAUGAAAUUUGGGUUGGUGGACGUUUGAAUUCAGAGCUGCACUAGAAAAGUAAUGGUAGGUGGAGAUUUGGUAGUGGUGGACUUGAAGAUGGGGCGUGUAUGUUGAAAAACUUAAGGUGGCGGAGAUGGGUUUGGGUGAAGUAAUUGAUGGUGGGAUAUGAGCAGUGGAGGAUAUGAGCAUUGUGAUCAAUAGAUGUUGCUUGUGCAAAUCGGAUGGGGAGACGAUCGAUCAUCUUCUUCUCCAUUGUGGGAUUGCUCGCUCUCUAUGGUAUGCAAUCUUUAGCUGGUUUGGAUUGUCAUGGGUCAUGCCUCAAAGGGUGGUGGAUUUGUUCGCUUGUUGGUGGUCGGGAGGGCGUUGUCGAAGUGUCGUUGUAUGGAAAAUGGUUCUCCUUUGCCUAGUGUGGUGUUUAUGGUUAGAAAGGAAUGCGAGAUGCUUUGGGGAUUCUGAGAGAUCUUUGGAGGACCUCACGGCGUUCUUUUUCUACGCGCUUUUCACUUGGACAACAGCUUGGCUUGCCCCUUUAGUGAUUGGCUAUCUUGAUUUUUUUGUUCUUUUUUCUUCUCCUAAUUAGGCGUUUUCUCUUGUAUACUUCCUGUGCACUUGGG